GCCUCCUGGAGGGAGGCCAGCAUUUCAUUCCUUUACUGCCAAGGCGCGUCAGGGAGAGAGGCACCCUAUGAUAACCAUCGGCGGAAGUUUUGCAACUCAGUAUGUGAAGUCUUCUGAGGGCUGAGCAGCACCUGCAUCUUUGGGCCGGCCCGGCAUGGCAGCCGCGCAUGCCCCUAGGUGUACCCAGCAUGGGCGGAGGGCUGAGGACUCUGUGCCGGAGAUGAGUCUUGCCAAGCAAUGAAGCCAGGGGGGCCCUCGCAGGACCAGACGCUGCUCACACAUCCGGGAGAACUUCUGCACCUCGUUCUGGGCCUGGGGCCCUUUACCAGCCUUUGGGGCUGCCUCCUGGCAGAGCUCAACAGGCCCAGGCACUGCCUGCCUGAGCCACCUGUGGGUGCCCCAGCUGACCGGGAAGAGACGGCCACAUUCCAGGCUCCUGGCUGGCAAGGAAGCUCAGCAGCAAGUUCCAACAGGAGGCCGGCGCCAGCUCCAGCAGGCCGUGCUGAGGCUGAGGGGUGACUGCUCCCCACCACGGGAGGCCCCAGGCUGAGGAGAUGGAAGAACAGGUGUUCAAGGGGGACCCAGACACCCCUCAUUCCAUCUCCUUCUCCGGCAGCGGCUUCCUGUCCUUCUACCAGGCUGGGGCCGUGGAUGCCCUGCGGGACCUGGCCCCUCGGAUGCUGGACACAGCUCAUCGCUUUGCGGGGACCUCGGCAGGCGCCGUGAUUGCAGCCCUGGUCAUCUGCGGGAUUGAGAUGGAUGAGUACCUCAGAUACCUCAAUGUGGGUGUGGCCGAGGUGAAGAAAUCCUUCCUGGGGCCCUUGGCCCCCUCCUGCAAGAUGGUGCAGAUGAUGAGGCAGUUUCUGUACCAGGUCCUGCCUGAGGACUCCUACAAGGCCGCCACCGGGAAGCUCCACGUGAGCCUCACUCGGUUAACGGAUGGAGAGAGCGUUGUGGUUUCAGAGUAUACGUCCAAAGAAGAACUCAUCGAGGCCCUGUACUGCAGCUGCUUCGUCCCCGUGUACUGUGGCCUCAUCCCUCCAACCUACCGUGGUGUGCGAUACAUCGAUGGGGGCUUCACGGGCAUGCAGCCCUGCUCCUUCUGGACUGACUCCAUCACCAUCUCCACCUUCAGCGGGCAGCAGGACAUCUGCCCCCGGGAUUGCCCUGCCAUCUUCCAUGACUUCCGCAUGUUCAACUUCUCCUUCCAGUUUUCCCUGGAGAACAUCGCCAGGAUGACCCACGCCCUGUUCCCCCCAGACCUGAUGAUCCUGCACAAUUACUACUACCGAGGGUACGAAGAUGCUGUUCUCUACUUGAGGCGGCUGAAUGCUGCUUACCUCAAUUCUCCCUCCAAGAGAGUGAUUUUCCCCCGGGUAGAGGUUUACUGCCAGAUAGAACUCGCCCUGGGCAAUGAGUGCCCUGAAUAUAGUCAACCGAGCCUCCAAACAGAGCAGGCCAGUCUGGAAGAAUCCACACAACCUCACACACAAUGGGCUCCUGAAGGGGAAGGAAGCAGUGGCCGUGGUUCACCUGUGUCCCCACCUGUACAGGCACCUGAAUCCACAUGUGAGUGGCCUGUGGAGUCAUCUCCUUCACCACCUGUGUCUUCACUGGAGCAGUCACCUGGAUCGCCACCGGCCUCAUCACCACCACAUUCGCCAAUGGACUCGCCACCUGUAUUGCUCCCAGCUGUGCACUUACCACCCAGCUCAACACCUGUGUCUCCACAGCAGCAGGUACCACCAACUGGAUCACCACCGAGAUCCCUGCCCUUCCAGUCAUCUAAGUCACCCAGGCCGCCCCUGGGGCCUUCAGCUGUGGGGGCACGUCAGACAUCGCCCCAGGGUACUUCAGCAUCGGCUGCACAGCCACCUGUGGAGGAACUGGGAUCGGAACAGCCCCAAGUUACUCUUGCCUCCUCGAAUCCAAAAAGCGCCCUCCCAAAGGUUAACGUGAAGGAAACCACCAGCAAAGCUUAUGCCAUGGCGAGCCCUGCUGAAGACUCCAAUUGGGUGAGCAAGGUAUUCAAGAAGAACAAACAAAAGACAAGCGGUACCAGAAAAGCCUUCCCCAAACAUCCAAGAUCCAAAAAGCCAGCCAGCAAAGUGCAGUCUGCUCCCUACCCACUCAACUUCUCUCUGCUCUCCACUUCUGAGACUGUUUGGGUCACCUACAGGCCUCAUCCCAGCCGGAUCCAGGAAUACAGCUGUCCUGAGGAAGCUGUGAGCGGAGAGAGAAAACUUGAGCUGGAACAGGAAAGAACCUGAUGACCUCGAGGCCACACCUUCUCCCCAUUGUUCUCAGAUGCCCUCCCCUAACCCUUGGCCUUUUGGGGACCAGAGAGACAACCAAGACCAAGCCUGUUGGUGUAGAGGGUCCUGCUUUCUCCAGGCAAGCGCCUCCUUGUCUAAACAUCCUCUCAGCUUCCCUGUGGUCCCUGCAACCCUUCCACUACCCUGCAAUGGACAGACAGAUGAACAGGGAUGGACGUCAUCACAGACUGGAACCGAAGAGCAUGCAGCACAGCCCCGCCCUGGCUGGCUGGGCUCUGGGCCUUCCUCCCAACCCCAGCCUGAGUUUGCUUCUUUGAGAUGGACAGGAUCCAUCCUAGCCCCCAGGACCUAGUCCACAGGGCAAAACUCUGGGGGAAGGGGUGGGGGUGGGGUGUCAGGCAGGGCUGAGCCAUGGACGCACUUCCCUGUUUCCUGUGGUGUCAAGAGACCAGCACUUCUUUUGCUUUGUUUUUAAUUCACACAGCAUAUGAAAGGCUCCACUGGAAACCACUGACUCUGCCUCAGCUGCUCACUGGAAUCCCCAGGUGGAGUUGAUUGGCAUGCAGCCUUUAAGAGCUCCCCAGGGAUUACGUGGUGUAGCUGUGUUGAGCUGGCCACCAGGGACUUCCCUGAGUCCUGGUGUGGUUGGAGAGGAAACGGGAGGCUAGCCAUCCCUGGCCCUCCCCUCCCCCAGCCCAAAUGAGGGCAGACUCUGCUGUUCACACCGAAGUGAAAAUGUACCACGAAAAAGACACCUUCGGCCUCAAUGUGUCCAGCCUUUCCAGAAAAAAAAGAGCCCCUCUGCUCCCCAUGUGCGUGACCGCCAGCCCCCGCCAGGCCCAGCAGUAAGGAAGCCCGAGCCCACAGGCCUCACGUGCAUUUGUUUAACAAACCCUGGAACGCAAGACCCAGAGGACUGGGUGGAAGACAGCCCUCAACUGGGCGGGGGCGCCGCAAAAGUAGCCAAUAAGGGUGGGGGGCUCUUAUGGCAAGGAGGCCCCCUGGAGCGGUGGAGCCUAAGUUGAACAGGACCAAGUCAGGGAACAUGAGUCCAUGCAAAUGCCCUUCAGAAGAUUCGCCUAGAAGCACCUCAGUGUGCCACUGAGAGGCCUGAGCAGAAUCAGAUCUCAGGUGUGCUUGCACCCUCUACCUUCUCGUCUUCUGUGGCCACAGGAAGUGCCCUGGGGGUUCUGUGGAGCGGCCCACCUGGAGGCAAUCCUUUCCUCCUGGAGUGGUCUUGCUGUUUGCAGGCUGCUGUAUGCCCAGAGGCUGGGAACCAAGGGAGGGAGGGUUUCAGUCGUGCAAAACUCAGGAACACAUAUGCCCUGGUGUGCCAGGGAGAAUUGCACAUGAUAUUAACUGUUGUUUUAACUGACAGCCUGUAUUUAGAGCCCAGAUGCUCUUAGGUUACAGUUAUAAGUAUCUGUCAUGCAGGGUGUCGUGCGGGAUCUCAGCUCCCGCUCCCCACAUAAGAACGCAGGACAUGGUGAGGCCAAAAAAGAACACCCACGGAGCCAUA